AUGAAGAAAUGGAUUUUUAGAUACAAUGUGAUCGACAGAUGCCAAAAGGUGGAUCAAGUGAGUGGUUUAUUAGGAUCAACCAUUAAAGAGAAGUGCCCAAUUUGUCGGAAGGAUCAAAAAUGGAGAAUUGCUAUAUCAAAGACGGGAAAAAUAUUUCGUCGUAAAGAUUUUAACGAUGGGAUCUUUGUAGACAUUAUUAAACUUGAUUGUUUUGGAGCAAAACCAAUAGGCUUCACGUUUGGCAACUGCUGGAAAAUAACAGCGGAGAACGACCAAGUUUUUGAAGAUGUUGAUAUCUCUGAACAAUGGAUUCAUAACUUUAACGGCCAUGCAGCAGUCGUUAAGAAACUAACUACAAUUUUUACUGAGAAUCAGGCUGCUAGCUAG